UAUCACCAAGAAAAGCAAGACCAAAAAAACUAUCUCACUAAUUAUUAAGUCUUUAUAUCUCUUGCCUUUGAGUUGAAAUGGCCUCACUCCAAUGCAGCAGGCCCACCCACGAGACCUGCCAGCAGAAAUGCCACAAUGGAAGUUCCUCUUUGGGCCAAAAAAUGUCAGGAAUGGCUAGCUGGGUCAAGGGAGGCAAUACCAACACACACCACCAAUCCCCCAAGCCCAUGCCCACCACCUACCAGAACUAUCAGGCCCACCAUGUUGCAACAUGCAAGACCAAGACUCAGUGCCACUGUAGCCAGGCCCAGGCCCAUACCCAAACUGACUAUGGGUAUGGCUCAGCCAAGCCACAAAAGGCCCACUAUGGUCAUGGUCACGACCAUAGUAACCACGGUAGUAGUGGUCAUAGCACCACCAAGCACCAUGCUACUAAUGCUGUUACAUCAUGUCACUGUGUCACCAAAACUAACUGUCGCCACAGUCAGAGUGUGAUGAGCCAUAGUCAGGGUCAUAACCACAACUACAGCCAGUACGGUACCGGCGGCACCAUACAUCAAAAGAAGGAGGGAAACUUGUUUAGGAGGAUCAAGAACCGAAUAUCCGGGAAUAGUAGCAGCAGUGAUAGUAGCAGUGAUAGUGACAACGAUAACAAUGAGUGUUGCCGUCAAAGGAAGAAGUAAAUGAAGAAGGAUUUAAGGGAGAUUAUUAAGAAUAUAUGAUGGAUAUCAGAAAGAAGAAGAAUCAUUAUCUCACAUAUGGGAUGGGAUAGUAUUAAUAAAGUGAAUAAUAAAUAUGUAAUCGCGUGUUAAAUAAAAAAAUGCUAAUAAUAUAAUAAAUUAAAUAAGCAAAGCCAAUAUUUCUGAUCAUUACUAAAUUUGGCUUGCAAUUGUAAUUUGUAAGAAAUGCAAUUUUUAUGGUUUUUGAGUGUGGUAUGCUAUAUUUUGACACUCUUCGAAUUUGAUAUGAUAUAAGAAGCAUUACUA